GGAUUUGCUCUGUGUAGAUAGAAGCUCCCGCUGUAUAGAGGCAGCCAUGAAAUAUGGUCGAAAUAACCUCAGCCCGCAAUAAAAUUGGGGGCUGUAAAGUGAGAAGUGACACAGAGAGAUGAGCGGAGAAGUGCUGCUGCCGGGGAAGGAGGCGAACGUAUUAAAGGGGCACGAGGGGGCAGUGUUGGCGGCGAGGUUCAACGCAGACGGGAACUAUUGUCUGAGUUGCGGCAAGGACAGGACCAUCCGCCUCUGGAAUCCCCACCGUGGCAUCCACAUCAAGACUUACAAAUCCCACGGCCGUGAAGUCCGUGACGUCCAUUGCACCCCGGAUAACUCCAAACUUUGUUCUUGUGGUGGUGAUCGGCAAAUCUUUUAUUGGGACGUAUCGACUGGUCGUGUGAUUCGAAAAUUUCGUGGUCAUGACAGUGAGGUGAAUGCUGUAAAGUUCAAUGAGUAUGCAUCUGUUGUAGUAUCAGCAGGGUAUGACCGUUCAGUGCGUGCUUGGGACUGCAGAUCUCACAGCACUGAGCCAAUUCAGAUCAUCGACACAUUUUUAGACAGUGUGAUGUCCGUUUGUUUAACAAAAAGUGAAAUUAUUGCUGGAAGUGUUGAUGGAACCAUUCGAACAUUUGACAUUCGAAUUGGUAGAGAAAUAUGUGAUGACGUGGGGCAGCCUGUCAAUUGUAUCUCACUUUCAAAUGAUGGUAACUGCAUAUUAGCCAGUUGCCUAGAUUCUAAUCUACGUCUUCUGGACAGAUCUACUGGUGAACUAUUGCAAGAGUAUAAAGGCCAUACUUGCAAGUCAUUCAAGAUGGAUUGCUGCCUUACAAACAGUGAUGCCCACAUAAUUGGGGGAUCUGAAGAUGGUUUUGUUUUCUUUUGGGAUCUGGUAGAUGCAUCUGUAGUGUCCAGUUUCCGUGCUCAUACCUCUGUGGUAACUAGUGUGAGUUAUCACCCAAAGGACAGCUGUAUGAUAACUGCCUCUGUUGAUGGCACCAUCCGGGUUUGGAAAGCUUGAGAAACUUGGAUUAGUUGACUGGCUGUUAUUUGCUUUGCCCUUUUUCUGCCACCUGAUUUAUUGAGGAAUAUUUAUAUCAAGAGUGAUGAAUUCUUUUAACAUAUCAAACCUGCAACUUCUCGUUCAAGGAAUUCAAACUCUGGAUCAGAGAUAAGAGGGUACAAAUGGGGAUGAACCAUCUCCAUUUGUUUUAAUUUUAAUUUUUAUAUGUUACUGAGAUUUCAUCUUAGAAACUUGUGGUUUAUCUCUACCUAACCAUGCCAGAGGAGGUUGAUGUCUAUGAAGUAUUCGGAGCUUAUCAAAGUUUGGAACGUUUUCUGCAUUGGACAUGGCAUAAAUAUAUAGUUUAAACUGUGAGUUCAAUGUACAUUGUAUAGAGCAAUUAAUUAGCAUUUCGAUGAGUUAUCUAUGUAUCAAUUUUGUAGGUACUGAAAA